GCCGUCGUGUCUCCGGCGCUUUCCUUGACCCGCUAGUUUCUCUGACUUUCCUUCCCACUCCUGCGCAGCUCCUGGUAUUCUUCUCCCUCCCUUCCCCACGCCUGUCUUCUGGUCAACAUGUCGGAGUACAACGCGGUGCCGCCACCCGGACCCGGAGCCCCUCUCGGCGGGCAGGCAGCUCUCGGCAACGGAGCGGGAGGCAUCAAGAAAGAUGCGUUCGCGGACGCGGUGCAGCGGGCCCGGCAGAUUGCAGCUAAGAUCGGAGGUGACGCUGGACCACCCAUGAACAACAACACUGCAGCAGAUAGCUUUCCAUUCACUGCACAGAAACGACAGCUGGAGGAUGCAGAUGAACCCGAAAGCAAGAAGCUGGCUGCACAGAGUGACUUGGAUUCAGCCAAUGCAUUGUCCAUUGGUGCCCAGCUAGCUGCUCUUGCACAACAAAGACCCACCUCCAACACAGAGGAAUACAGUGUACCAGACAGCAUGGUGGGACUCAUUAUUGGCCGCGGAGGUGAACAGAUCAAUAAGAUUCAACAGGAGUCAGGCUGCAAGGUUCAGAUAGCUCCAGACAGCGGAGGACUUCCAAACAGGAGCGUGUCUCUCACAGGUUCCCAAGACUCCAUAGAGAAUGCCAAAAGGCUGUUGGAUGAGAUAGUGUCACGAGGGAGGGGCACACCCCCUUCUUCCUAUCAUGAGUCCACCAACGGGCAGAACGGCACGGUGCAUGAGAUGAUGAUACCAGCUGGCAAGGCUGGGCUAGUCAUUGGAAAGGGUGGAGAGACCAUCAAACAGCUUCAGGAACGUGCAGGUGUGAAGAUGAUCCUGAUCCAGGACGCCUCUCAGGGACCCAAUGUCGACAAGCCUCUGCGCAUUAUAGGCGAUCCCUACAAAGUCCAGCAAGCCCAGGAGAUGGUACAGGAGAUUCUGAGGGAGAGAGACCAUGGUGGCUUCAGUGAAAGAAAUGACUUCGGUUCCCGAAUGGGGGGAGGCAUGGAUAUCCCCGUACAGAGACACUCAGUCGGUGUGGUUAUCGGGCGAAACGGAGAGAUGAUCAAGAAAAUCCAGAACGAUGCUGGAGUUAGGAUACAGUUCAAACAAGAUGACGGGACUGGUCCAGAUAAGAUCGCCCACAUCAGUGGUCCUCCUGAACGCUGCGAGCAUGCUGCCCAGAUCAUCAAUGACCUGCUGCAGAGCAUCAGGGUCAGGGAGGAAGGACAGGGGGGUCCCCCAGGUCCUCCAGGCAUGCCUGCAGGCAACAGGGGCCGAGGUGGUGGACAAGGCAGCUGGGGGCCCCCUGGAGGGGAAAUGACUUUCUCUAUUCCUGCCCACAAGUGCGGACUUGUGAUUGGCCGGGGAGGGGAGAAUGUCAAGUCCAUCAACCAGCAGACGGGGGCCUUUGUGGAAAUCUCUCGACAGCCACCUCCCAACGGAGACCCCAACUUCAAGCUGUUUAUCAUUCGGGGCUCACCGCAACAAAUCGACCAUGCCAAGCAGCUCAUUGAGGAGAAGAUUGAGGGUCCUCUGUGUCCUGUGGGCCCGGGGCCAGGUGGACCAGGUCCUGCUGGUCCAAUGGGUCCCUACAACCCCAACCCAUACAACCCCGGACCGCCUGGGGCACCUGGACCACCACACGGUGGUCCUCCAGGUCCUCACCAGUACACCCCUCAGGGCUGGAGCAACACCUACCAGCAGUGGCAACCCCAGGCACCCCAUGACCCCAGCAAGGCAGCAGCCAAUGAUCCCAACGCAGCCUGGGCCGCCUACUAUGCUCAGUACUACCAGCAGCCAUCGGGGGCUGUGCCAGCCCAGUACCCUGCUAACCCACCUGGAGGUGCCCAAGCAUCAGGGGACCAGACUCAGCCCACACAGACGCCGGGGGGCCAGCCGGAUUACACCAAGGCCUGGGAGGAGUACUACAAGAAGAUGGCCCAGGCAGGUGGCUCUGUCCCCGGGACAGCACCUGCAGCCCCAGGAGCAGCCGGGGGCGCAUCAUCAACGACAGGGGGUCAGCCGGACUACAGCGCAGCCUGGGCGGAGUACUACAGACAGCAGGCUGCGUACUAUGGACAGACAGGACAGGCUCCCGGCCAGCCAGCCACUCCCCAGCAGGGACAGACGCAGUGAGAGUUCAUGGCAGAAGGUCUCAGGAGAGAAUCCAGGAUGAAGAAGGUGACCCUGAACUUCAGGCCAGGAUUUAGUCAGAUUUUUUUUUUCUUCUUCUUCUUUUUAAUUUCCUGUGAGGUGAAUGAAAGCUGUCCUCACCACCACCUGGAUACUUUUUAAUAAAAAUGUGAACUGAACAAACGUUCUAGUGCUUUGCUGCUGAGGGGAGGGAGAAGACUGAUUAUCCCGCCAUGACAGGUAAACGGCUUCUCGAUGCCUCUACAUAACAUUUAUAUACGCCAUUAUAAACAUGGAAGCCUCGAAACGCUUACUGAAUUGUGGAGGAGUUGCCAAUAAAUCUAUCUCAUCUUCCUUUUAUUAACUUCCUCAGACUUCUAAAUCCCAUUUUUGAAGCUCCUCAUACCCCUGUGUUAUAUUUACUGAACUGCGCAUAGCUAUUAGGACUAUAAUCAUGUUGUGUAUGUGGUACAGGUAAUAAUAAUACAUCAGAGGAAUCCUUUUUAAAGCUCAUUUGAUUUGCUCAGUGUUUCGAUUUUUUCUUUUUUAUAAAUUGUCACAUUUCCCUCAGCCAAGGCUUGCAUGAUGUUUCAACUUGUGUACACUUGGAUUGUUUUUCUUUUUGCUCAUGAAUGUGUUCACUCGCAGCGUUUUGUAAGAGUGAGAGUUUUUCUACAGUGUUGAUUCAUGCAUGUGGGCUGACUAACAACAACUGCUGAGAGCUGCUAGAGGUAGAUGAUACAACACUCAAAAGUAAGGCACCCAAUGAAGAGCAGGGCCGCCCUUCAGCUGCAGAACAGUGUCAGGUUUUGGACUCAGAUAUUCACAAAAGGGUUCAAAGGUCUCUGUUAAAGUGGAAACAGACAACUUUUUCCCCCCAGUGUUUUUAAGUGGUAUUAUUGUUAGCGCUGCGGUCGCAAAGACAACCAGAUCACAGCCUUUUUUUAGAGGGUUUGUUACUUACUGACAGGGUGGAACCAUGCCACAAGUAAGUCUCAAGUAUUUGCAGCCAAGUCCCAAAUUGAGACAGGUAGAUCCCAAGUCCUAACCUUUUUUGAGUCCCUGACAAGUCAUAAUGUGCUCUUCACCAAAUGUAUUGCCAUUUUAACAAGAGAGUUAUUAUAAAUAAAAGGUAUACUAUGCAGGAUUUUCCUUAAACAAAACAAUGUGUAGACUCUUAGGGAGGUAAUCCCUAUCAUCACUUAUGACCUAUUAGAAGUGUGUGGAGGUGUGUUUUUCUGCAGAGACUCUGCCCUCUGCCUGUGUUUUCUUAUUUCAGUAAGGAACACUUAAGUCAAAUAAAACUUUAUUUCCAUUUGCAGUAUUAUAUUUGGUGAUAUGGCUCUGUUCUGGGGCCUCUCCACCCUUCCUUGGGGCCUAUGCAGAAAGCAAGGCAGAGAGAGCAUACCUCUCCGCCCUUCUACGUACCUGCGUGGAAAGCCAUAAGGCGGAGAGAGCACACCUCUCUGCCCUUCCACAUGCAAAUGAGGAAAGCCUAAGGCAGAGAGCAAACCUCCCUGCCCUUCCAUGCGCCUACAUGGAAAGCCUAAGGCAGGGAGAGCAGCAGCAAAGCCCCGUGGGAACAGAACAGAGCAACAUCAAUGACAAGCAGAAAUGACACUGCUAAGUCAGACACAACAUGAAAAGGAGGAGCUGGGGUGGAGACAGGUUGCAAAGCAGCUUGCAGAGGAAGUAGCAACAGUAGCAGGCAGGUGUUUGGGACAUUGAUGAGUGAGUUCCCCCCAGCACUCAUGAAAGGCCAGGGCUUCAUUAGAAGAUCCAGAUUGUAAGCAGCAGGCAUCCAAGAGACAAAGUGCGGAUAAAAUCGUAAAUAUAGUGAGGCUGAGGUUGACUUGUACUUUAGCUGGUGAGCAUGUUUAUAUACAGUAAUUGUCAACCCUGCAUAGUAUAUCUUUACAUUUACAAAAGUCAUGAAAGCUUUUUGAAAUUUGCACUUGUUAAAACAAAUUUGUUGGAAGUUGUGUCUCCAUCUGGGCACGUUUCACAUACUACAGGUUAUUUUUUCUUGACCAGCACGUAGUUUUUGUGCGUACACAGAUUUGUCUUUAUCAUAUUUUCCACCUGGCACUCAGUAAAGUUACAUUUAUUCUUCUGCAACUUGACUCGAUGUUGUCAAACUGAUUCAAACAAAGUGGAUCUGGGGAAUUAAGUGUCGACUCUGUGGUUACAAAUUGCAUUAAUGGUAUGUGACUCAGGAAAUGAAGGGAAAUAAUUGAUUUGUGUUACACUUUUAAAUAACUUGCUUUUAAUCUUUGGGCUCGGGGGAAGGUGUCAAGUAUUUUUAAGGCUAAGGAAUGAAGUCCAUUCGAAGUCAGGAGUCAUUGGAAUUGAAGUCCAAGUUGAGUUGCAUGUCUUUUUUGGAUUUUGUCAAGACUACCGUCAUGUCUAGAGUCCAAGUCACGUGGCUUGAGUCCACCUUGACAUCGGUUCCUCUCAUCCUGCAGCUGUCCAUUGAGUGAAAGCCCGCCAGAGAUUUGCUCAUUUUACCUCGGCUUUUAUCUCUCCUUCUUCGCCUUCUUUGCCUUCUCUGUCAACAGGGCUCUUUUUCUUUUGACACGUAGAGUUUCCACAGUUACUUCAGUUGUCCCACCAUCUUCCGUUUCCACUACAGUGCAUAGUAACUGCAAAGAACUCACUGAUACUCCUUAGUAACUGGAGAAAGCUACUGAGAGCAACCGGGAAAGCAAAAGCUCUAUCCUGUUGUGUUUUGGUUGCACGUUUGACGCACUUUCUUUGUGCCAUAAAUCGAACAUUCACUUUGCUGUGAGAUCGUACUCAGUGACAGACAGAAUUACAGAGUGAAAGCGAGGCGCAUAGGGAACCACUCUUAACGCAGAUGGUGUCAUUAUUCUAAAGCCAUUACAUUGUGCAAUUAAUACUUACUUCACAAUACAGCAAAAAACUUAUCCAUUUCCACUUUAAACAUUUUUUAAGACUUCUCGCAAUUUUGUCACACGCCCAUCUGCCGUUCAACCUCUUUGACUCCUGAAAUGUCCAUUCAGGAAACUGUUUUUUCACCUGAGAGUUUUUGUAUCUGGGCUAGAAACACACUGACUCACUGUGCGGAUGGAAGGCCAAAACAGAAAGAGAAAGGUGCAUUUUCUCUUAAAUUUGGUUGGCUAAGUGUGAACAAUCCUCGUUAUCUCAUAUUGCUCAAAGAGAUUGUCAGACCUUUUAAAACCAACACCUACUGCUAGUGGGCAUUCACCUUGACACAACUGCACAUCUCUCUGUGUCAUGUUGAGAUCAUGUCCCCCUCUGUUGUCCAUACAACCUCUCCUACAAUGGGGACACGUCAUGUGAGGUUCAGCCACCACACAUUUGAACCAUGCUGUGAUUUUGUUUCAUCUCAAGGUUGCACGUGAUUGCUUUUUUCUUUACUUUUUUAUGGAUGCCAACAAGAAUGUGUCGAUCUUUUCUCCUUCCCACAGUCAUUGUGUGUAACAGAUUGAAAAUUUAGUCUUCCAAUGUGUCUCACUUUAUUAUGUACAUAUAAUCAGCAAUAUAAGGCUGUUGGUUUUGACUUCCAGAGAUGUAUCAGGUAUGAAUCUUGUAUUCUGAACGGCAGCUGUGAGCCUGCCUUCGGCAGCAGUGUUGAUAUUGUGAAUAGAUGACCACCAGCAGCAAUACUCUGAAUUAAAAUGGGGCAAAUGUCAAUUACU